AUGACACCUCGGUUCGCCUCCCGUACAAGCAAAUAUCGUACCGUGGAGUGCAAGUGUCUGCCUCGCGAGCAGACUUUUGACCAAUUACAAAUAUCCAUUGAGCACAAUGUACUGGCUGCGUCCUCGUCUACUGUUGCCUUUAUUCACCAAUCAAAUAAUAGCGGUGCAAUUCAAAUCAAGCCAUUCCCUGAGACGGGCCACAAGUCUAUUACCAACAUUCCGACACUCGUCCAUGCGCAUCCAACAGGACGCGUGACGGCACUGACGUUCUCUCCUUUUCAUAAUGACCUGUUAUUGUCUGCAGGAGAUGCUGUUGCUACUGUGAAGGUCUGGAAAUUACCAAGCAAGGAGCCAAUGAGACAAGAUCUUGUGACACCUGUGACGGUCUUUCAACAUGAGAAAACAAUGGGGAUUGUAGCAGGAAUUAUACCGCAUCUAUCGGCUGACUCAGUGGUUGCAACGUACUCGAGACCAGGACCAGUGAGAAUUUAUGAUUUGCAAGCGGAAACGUUGAGUUUUGAGGUCGCAGUGGACGAAGGUGCAGUGGUGAGCUCAGUGGCUUGGAAUUGGGAUGGUAGUGCAAUGUUAGUGGCAACGCAGGAUCAGGCAGUGAGGUUCUUGGACCCGAGAUUGGAUCAAACGUCGACGCCUGUGAUUGCAGCUGCUCAUACUGGAAAAAGACAUGUGAAUGUGGUCUGGUGUGGACGAACGCAGCAUUUUAUCACGUGUGGAAGCGAUCGGAUGCUUGAACGAGAGAUCAAAUUGUGGGAUUCGAGACAAUUGGCAAAGUGUGUGCAUCGAGAAAGAUUGGACAUGCGAGGUGUGGGCCAAUUGUUUCCGUUGUAUGAUGUGGAUUUGAAUCUGUUGUAUGUGCUGAGGAAGGGAGAUUAUAGUGUAAAAAUGUUUGAGAUACGAGCUUCUAAUGGACUUAGUGCACUGGAUUACACUGCACUUAGCAACAUGACACUUGCAGCAACGCUACUGCCCAAGUCGACAUGUGAUACAAACGUCUGCGAAAUUGCACGGGUUCUGAAUCUCAGCGCGAGCGGAAGCAGUGUUGGUGGUAGCUGCGAAGUUCUAAGCUACCGGAUGCCUCGCAAAGAGGCGACGCAUACGUUCCAAAGUGACUUGUACCCGGACACGUUAGCCACACAAGCUGCGAUAACAUCUCAAGAGUGGCAACAAGGACAGAAUGCUGAGCCCAAGGUGCAGGCUGUGACCCCAACUGUGAAGCGGAUUGAGGACAUGAGCCGAAGUGUGUUUGGACAACCAACGGCAAGUGCAUCUGCAGCAUCGGGUUGGGGAGCGCCAGCUUCAAAUGCUGGAACUGCAACCAAUGGGUGGCAAGCAUCAGGUUGGGGCCAAGCGUUAUCGUCAACGGCGUCAUCGAUUACACCGUCAAAAACUGCAUCUGAUCUUAAGACAGGGUGGGGAUCAAACGCAAGAAAGUGGAACGAAUCUGAGCCUAAGACCCAAACGACCCCUGCGUUGUCGAUACAAUGGGGCACUUCUGCUCCUACCGAUGCUACUGCUACGAUACCAAAACCUGGGGCAGCCCAUAUCUCAUCGAUAUCUGCAACUUCUACUCCACCUUCUGUCACGACGGACGCAUCUGAAGCAUCAACGACGACGCCUGAUGAAUUAUCUUCUGACACUCUCGCUGCUACCACACCCAACGUGUCAUCAAGUGGGACAGCUCAAUCAACAAUUGCAGAUGUGAUCAAGCUGUCGGACAAGGCACAGCGCCUCGGCGCCAAAUACGGACAUAAGCUGAAGUAUGUGCAAGGCAAAGAAGCACCACGUAACGAGGUGUUUUACUUUGGUGACAAGCGUGUCGCAUUUUUGACGCAAGCAUCGCCUGUGAUUGCUGCAAACGCAACGUUUUGGGCAACACCCAUUGCUGGUGCAGGUGGCCCCGUACUCGUGGAAACGCUUGGGGCGACUGGAAAGGCACAGCAUGGCACUGUGCCAGUAAUUAACGGACAGAAGGCUGAAGUGUCUACACUGGCAUUCAAUCCUUUCGCUGACAACGUGCUUGCGACCGGGUCAGCUGACUCAACUAUUCAGCUUUGGUGUCUCCCGAAAACCGAGUUGAAUACAUCCAAUGCACCGAGUAAUCCUUCACUGACGCUGUCGGGGCACACGAAGGGCCUAAGGGCUCUUCAGUUUAACCCAACAGCGGCCGACGUCCUCUGCUCAACAAGUCACGAUCUCUCACUGCGCUUUUGGGAUAUCGAGACGGGACAGGAAAAAAUAUGUAUGGAGGGCAAACUGGACGACAUCACAUGGAACAUGGCUUUCAGUAAUGACGGCGCUAUGCUGGCUACUGCAAGCCGUGCUAAAAUUGUGCGUGUGUUUGACCCUCGCCAGCCUGAGCAUGCGUUAGUUACUAUGGGUUGUGGCCACGAGAGCAACAAACCACAGUUUGUUGCAUGGGCAGACUCCGUGCGUUUGCUAACAGUUGGUGUUAAUGAACGCAACGAGACGCAGGUCAGUUUCUGGGACUCGCGCAGCCUGCUGGAGCCACUAGGUGUGCCGGUGUUGGUAGAACCAACGGCUAGUGCGGCUAGCACCACGACGCCGAUUCCAUUAUACGAUGCUAGUUCGCACCUGCUCUUUCUUGUAGGCACAGGAAGUCGCCACAUUUGGAGUUAUGAAGUUGACCCGGUCGCUGCAACCGUGCAAGCUAAUCUGCCAUUCCUGAUGACCGGUACCGGCACCAUCGGCGGCGUUUCGCUUCUUCCAAAGACCAUGUGUAACGUUCGUGAUGUCGAACUGGCGCGGUUGCUCGUGGCAACGCCCGACGUCGUAAAGCGAGUGACAUUUUCUCUUCCGCGAGCACAGAAGCUGAAGGAGUUUUUCCAAGACGACGUCUUCGGCUUGGUUCCUAAGCAAGAACCAUCAGUGACUGCCACACAGUGGUUCGCGGGCGAGUCUAGAGCUCCUGUGUACGAGUCCCUUCGACCUGACGGCAUGGCGCUGCUCUCGGAAAAGCGGAAAGACGCUGCACCAGAGCGUCCCAAGACUUUAGAUUUCCAAGCCUGCAGGCGAGAGGAGGAGGAGAAAGCGCGCCAGAAGGCCGCCCAAUUUGCUCGGCUCAGUACUCUUGCCACGCAGCCAUCGCUGCAUUCCACUCAUCGAUAUCUAGCCAGUGCACCAACGCCUCAAACUGUAGAGGACGACAGUGACGAUGACUGGGACGACUGA